AUGAGCGCGAAGCCGCCCCCAGCGUUUCUCAAGAAGGGGGGGCCGCCUCUCCCCAAAUCGGUGAAGCCCUUUGGCAAACCCCCCGUCAAACCGCCCUUCCUGCUGAAGCACAAGGGGAAGCCCCCAGCGGCGCUCCUGAAGGGAAAGUCCGAGGAGACAGUCGACAGUGCCCCGAGUGGACGGAGUAGCCUAAGUGAACAGAAUGCACCGGGCGGUGAGGACCCCCCGAAAGAGAACGCACUGGAGAUAAGGAGCAAAGCAAUCAAGCCGAAAAUAAAAGUCCCCGAACUGAAGUUUAAGUGGAAGGAGGGGAAGGCAAAGGUGAAGCCUCCCCCCAAGGUUACCCCGCUGGGGGGGAAAGCGGCUGCACUGAGCGACGCUCAAUCGGAGGAAGACUCCCCUCUGAGUGAGGCCCACUUGGUGAAGCCAGCCAAGCCAAUGAUGAAGCCAUCCAAGCUGAUGAUGAAGCCGUCCAAGCCGAUGAUGAAGCCGGCCAAGACGAUGGUGAAGCCAUCCCAGCCGAUCAAAUCUGGCGCGCUAGAAUUCGUUAAGGCACCCAAAGGGGUGAAGCCCAAAGUGAGCCUCUCAGAUUUGAAGCUCAAAGGAUUAGGCGAGAAGGGUAAAGCGGAAAAGGGGGAGACUGGAAGGAGCUCCAUCCCUGUGGGGUUGGCUUCCCAAUCAGGGGUAGAAGCAACGGGGGUGGAAGAAGCGGAGCAGACAGAGAUAGGCAAAGGCGAACCGAAUGAUAGUGGCUCCCUCGGGGGAAGAGACGAAACGGGAAGAAUCAAAAGGGUGAUGCACAUGAGCAAGUACAUUGACAGUGGCAACGUUGUUAAUCAGUUGAGAGGCCAAGGUGGGAAUGCAACGCAGGUAGUGAAGGUCAAAGGCGGGGGGGGACCCACUGGUUCAUCCCCCGGGGAUGCUGGGAAAGGGAAGCUCCCCCCACCUUCCUUUGCAAAGUACAAGGAAAAGAAAUCCAAUUCGAUUGCAAAAGAAGAGAACGAAGAGGUGGUGCAGAAGUGCAGCGCGUCCUUCUCGGGUGAAGUGACCAAAGGGGGAGGACGCACGCUCAAGGGGUUGCCUGCAAAGGGGUUACCUCUAAAAGGGUUGCCUUUAAAAGAAUCGCCGUCAAAGGGAUCCCCCCCAAAGGGGUUACCUCUAAAAGGGUUGCCUUUAAAAGGAUCACCCCCAAACGGGCCACCCCCCAGCAGCACCGCGAACGCCCCCAAGGAGGGGGAACCAAACAAACCAGCAGACACACACGAGCGUACGCACGAGCGCACAGAUGGCCCCCGCGUGAUGGUUGGCGUGUCCGACGCAGCCGGCAAACAAACGGUGGGCCCCCUGUCGACGUCCAGAACAAGCACACUCAUGCAGGACACCCAUUAUCUAAAUGCCUUUUCCAGGCUAGACGGGAACUACGUGGGCAAGGUCACCGGGCCGGCAUCACCGAUUGAUUGCAGCGAUAAGAAGCCCCAACGUCGUGGGGGGCAGAAGGACUUGGAGCAGAUGACACCGAGAGGAGGGAGGCCACCUAGUGUGUACCCCCCCUCAGCAGCGGUUGGAGAGUACCCCCACGGUGGAAACUUCCUUCCUUUCUUUAACUAUAACAGUGAGGUAUUUCGAGGAGGGAUGGGGACUGGCUGCCCUAUGUUCUUCCCUCCUGGGUGGUACUACCUCCCCAUGGGCACACAUGGCGACUCCGGUUGGGUGGGCCCAGCAGAAGUGGCAGCAGGUCAAGUGGACGCAGAUCGGCUCACCACCUAUGGGGAACAAACGGGGAGAGCAAAUGAAAGGGGGAAGAAGAAGAGAGGCAGUCGAGCAGGUAACCCAACAGUGGGAGGGGGAAGAAGGCAAAGCGAUACGCUUAUCGCUGCUGGGCACUUGAAGCCGCUGCAGUUUAGGGAGGGAGUCGAAUGGAGCAGCGAGGAGGAGAAGUACCUCAACGCAGAUGUAACUAUGGAGGAGGAGCGUCGAGAGAGGAAGAAGAAGGAGAGGAGGGGAAGGGGCAGGGGGGUCGGCGGCUCCAUUGGGGAUUCCAAGUGGUACGAAAUUGAGCGUCGCCUGAACAACUGCCGGGGGGUCAUCCAGGAGAGCGAGGCGGAAGGCGAAGCGGAAGACGAAGCGGAAUAUGAAGCAGGAGCGGGGCAGGAAGACGAGGCGAACCCUAGCUACUACACAGACUGCAGCGAGGCCGCGGACAGCUGCGGUGAGGACACGAAGUACGUCGACGGGGUGCGCAGCGAGGGCCACUACGAGGGGGAUACCGACUGUGGGGAGGAAGCGGGUGGGAAGAGGAGCCUCACAAAAAACGGUCAGCGGAGGGAUGACCAGCGGAGGAACGGCCGGAGGAGGACCCCCCUGGAGGAAAGCCACCCCUUUGACGACGACAGCAUUUAUAAGAAUUACAAAGUAGGGUACCUGCGGGAGGGGCGGAAGUGGGCAAACGAGGGUCUGCGCCGGGGGGGUGGGGAGGCCCCCUUUAAGAAGACCCCCCAUGAAGAGGUCCCCCGUGAGACCCCCCUUAAGAAAACGCACAGAGAACGCCUGAACCGCAUCGCCCACCUGUUCCUCCCAAAAAAUAAAAAGCACGAAAAUGCAUUUGACCUCUCCUUGAGCUUCUCCCAAAUAUCCGAAGGAGACAAAGACGACAUAAUUCGGAUGCUUUUUGCAUGCAGAGAUUUGGAGAGGCUAAUAGAAGAGCAGCACUGCGUUUUGGAUAUGCUGGAAAAUGACUUACGAGAGGUGAAUGCCUCGUUGAAAAUGCCACCCUCGUGGAGUAACUUCAACCAUUUUGAGGUACUCCAGGAGAGCAUCCUCCAGUCGGAAGGCGGUCAAGGUGUACCACUAAAUAACACUCCUUUUUUUAUUAAGGGGAAAGUGGCCUUGAUUCCCAAAAAUUUGGACUCCUUCUUCGACAAGGCGGCGGUGGCGGCGACGAAGGCGAACGCGGCGAAAGCGGCGAACGCAGCCAACGCGGCCAAUGUGGCGGGCGCCCCCCCUUCCGGUGCCUACUCGCAGCCCGAGGGCCCCCCCUCCAACAGCAAGUACAUGCCCAAGUUCGCCAAGGCCAAGGUGAAGCCGAAGGUGUCGCUGCUGCUGAAGAGGGGCGCGUGA